UAUAACCAAAACAAAUCAGUUGGGGACAAUCUAGCAUAUAUUACAUAAUAUAGCAUAUCCAUUAGGCAAAGCAAAACCCCACAUAUAUGGCCUCUCUAACAAUCUUCAAUUCAGAAUCUGAUGAAGACUCUUGGGUCAUCCAAAUCAACCAAUUGGUGAGUGAAACCAACCUCUCAAUCUUGAACAAAAUGCCUGUUUGCAUAUACCAAGUCCCUAAAUCAUUGAGUUGUGUCAAGCCAGAAGCCUUUUCUCCACAACUUAUAGCCAUUGGUCCAUAUAACCACUUUCGUCCUGAGCUCUAUUCCAUGGAAAGGUUAAAGAUUUCUUCUGCCAAAAGGGUCCUUGACCACUUCAACAAACAUGACCUAAAACAACUAGUUGAGCAACUCCACAACACAGGGCCAUUCAUACGUGCUUGUUACCACAAAUACUUGGACCUCAAGGAAGAUACCUUGCUAUACACAAUGACCCUUGAUGGUUUGUUUCUAUUGGAUUUCUUCCACAAUUAUCUGGAUGAGAAAGUAUCUAGUUCUUUCAUGACAGGAAUAGAAGAACAAAUUCGGAUAAGUAGUGUGAAGCUAACCAAGGAUGCCAUCAUAAGGGACAUGAUCAUGGUGGAGAACCAAAUUCCAACCUACAUGUUGUUGAGGAUCUUGGUGCUUCAAAGCUCCAAACCUAUUGAUUCAGUUCAAGAGUAUUUGGGUUCAAUGCUCUUGUCAUUCUGUGAAAAACACUCUCCACUCAAGUUAACUCACACCCCCACAUGUUCUGAAGCUGUCACCAAGCAUUAUCAUAUCUUGGAUCUCAUGUAUCAUUUGGUUGUCUCUGAACAUGAAAAACUAGAAACACCAACACCUGAGAGCGAAGGUAUGUGCAAACCCAAUAGCAAUUGCUCUAACACUCCUACAAGAAGCUCAAAAUCUGAAGGCAUAGUCACAUUCUUAAAUAAAGUUAAAGGUCUAUUAACAUGGACACUUGCCACGCUCAAAAGGCUAAAGGUCACGAACAUUCCUCUUCCACAACCCGUUAAACGACCCUUAGAUGCAAUACUCAACAUGCCAACAACUUUUCAAAAGUUUUCAUCAUCAGAAACACCUCCUUCUGAAACAGAAGCUCCUGCUGUGGUUGUUACCUUCCCUUCUGUGCGUGAGCUUCACUCAGUUGGUAUCCAUUUUCAACCCUCGAAAGGUGGCAUCACGACCAUUGAAUUCGACGAGAAAAAAGGCAUAUUUUACCUUCCUGUGCUGAAAUUGGAUGUCAACUCUGAAGUGAUAAUGAGAAACCUUGUGGCUCACGAGGCCUUGAGCAAACCAGAUUUUCUUAUCUUCACAAGGUACACAGAAUUGAUGAGGGGAAUCAUAGACACUGUGGAGGAUGUGAAGCUGCUCAAGAAUGAAGGGAUCCUAGAGUCAAGUAGCUCUCUCAGUGUGGAAGAGACUGAGGAGCUUUUCAAUGGAAUGAGCAAAUCUAUUGGACCUACCAAGACUGAGAAGUUGGAUGAGACCGUUAAAAAGGUUAACAAGUACUUCCGUGAUAAGCAGAAGGCCAAACCCUACAGGAUCUUAAACAAUUAUGUGUACUCUUCGUGGAGGUUCUUGACACUUCUUGCCACCUUUGUGCUCUUGGCCAUGACAAUUCUUCAGUCAUUUUGCUCUGUUUAUGAUUGUCCAAGUCAUUUUAGAAACAGAUAAUUUUUCAUACCAUUUUUAGAGAUUUAGGUUUAAAGAUUAAUUACUUAAUGUAUACUUUUAAGUGCAUAGAAAUUGGGAUGAAUUUGUUAAUAGCUAAAGUAGUAAAGUUAUAUGCUUAAGCCAUUACAUUUAUUAUAAUAUAUAAAAGCUAAC